UAGUCAAAGCAAAAUUUAAAAAAAAAAAAAGGUUCAAAAUACUACAGUGAAUCCAGACCAAGGUUUUUUUACUAGAUUAAGGUCAUUUCAGGUACGGGGAAAAAGAUGUGGUGGGUGGAGGCCCUGCUGGUGCAGGUGUGGGACAAAGAGAAAAAGAGAGAGAGAGAACAAACAUGGAAGUUUCCAUUAUCUGUUGCUGAGCAAAGGCCUUAAUUUCAGCCUGUGUAGCCACACCCAUAUCAGCAAUAUGAAAAGUAUAUGUUACUCCAACAUGAGAAACAGGUUUCAAAUAGGUACUCACACCUGAAGGGCAUACAUCUUAUUUUCAAGAAAAAUUCUGCUGCAACAACCACAACCUAGUGGCGUUUAUAAAAGUGGUGAGAAUUCUUACAGAUUUUUACUAUCACUCAGGCUUUUUUAUAACAUACUACUGAACAUCUGGGUAAAAAAAGAAGAAGAACAAAAACGGAUUGAUUUGAAUUCAGCCUGACGGAAAACCUGUGACUUGUGAAAUACGAUUGGCUCCAGCGUUUUCUGGAUGAAUAAAUUCUCCAGGAGUGCCAUCAUCAAGGAAGUAGGUGGGUUCACCUCUGGGCAGAGUGCAGGGAUAUCUAUAUAUCAGAAGGAGACUGUCACCUUUUACCCAAUACUUUCAUCAGGACCCAUUUCCAAAGGAAGCACAAAGUGAGGGAAAACUGCAGUUAAAGCUUAAGGCACCAGCUGGAGCCCAUCUACACUGAUUUUGUCUCAAACAUCUUUUUAAAACCGAAAGUUAUCCAAGCUUGUCCACAUCUUGACCAUGGCCUGUCAAAAUCCUGAAAUAAAUGCAGCACUACAGCCAUCUGGAGAAUCCACUUUAGAAAGAGCAACUGUGAAGGCUCAACAGCAAAUUGAAGAAUUGUUUAAUAUCUCACUUAGCGUUGCUGUAACUGGAGAAACAGGGACAGGAAAGUCCACUUUUAUCAACGCAAUUAGAAAUCUGGAUGAUGAUGAUGAAGGAGCAGCUGAAACUGGAGUUACUGAAACCACUGAUAAACCAACCCCUUACAAACAUCCCACAAUGCCAAAUGUGGUAUUCUGGGACCUCCCGGGAAUUGGAACCCCGAACUUUAAGGCAAAGACCUAUCUUAAACAAGUUCAGUUUGACAAGUAUGAUUUCUUCAUUAUUAUCUCAUCAGAAAGGUUCAAAGAAAAUGACAUAAAGCUGGCCAAAAAGAUUCAAAAAAGGAAAAAGCUGUUUUAUUUUGUUAGAUCAAAGAUAGACAACGACAUUCGAGAUGCAGAACAAAGAGCACAGUUCAAUGAAGAAGAAACUCUCUCAAAAAUCAGAAGAAACUGUGAGAAGAACUUAAUUAAGAUUAAACAAGCCAAAGUGUUCCUCAUAUCCUCCAGGAAUAUUGAUGAAUUUGAUUUUGGGAAGCUUGUAGACACUCUGAUGUCAGAUCUUCCAGAACUUAAACACCAAGCUCUGCUGCAGUCUCUGCCAGUCAGCUCUCUGGCUGUACUAGAACAAAAAGUGAGAAUGUUUCAGAAAGCAGUCUGGGCUGCAGCUCUUCUCUCUGGUGGGAUCGCUGCAGCUCCAGUUCCUGGUCUGUCACUGGCAUGUGAUGCUGGUAUUUUAGUAGCUUUCUUCACAAGGUGCUACUUCUCCUUUGGCCUUGAUGAAAAAUCACUUGACAAACUCUCAGAGCGAGUGAAUAAACCACACCUGAAAUCUUUGAUUACAUCACCACUUGUACUGGGACUGACAGAAAGAUCAGAAGUGAGACUGCAGCUGUCUGCAUUAGCUGGAAGCGCACUUGUGAAAAAUCUGUGUAAGUUGGUGCCUGGUGUAGGAAAUGCUGCAGCAGGACUGAUAUCUUUUAGUCUUACAUUCACUCUCCUGCAAAGAGGAUUGAAAGAUCUCGCAGAUACAGCUAGAACAGUGCUGAGAGCGGCAGGGUUAGAGUGAGGAGAAUGAACUGAUUAGAACAAAAGCAGGAAAUGAGGGUAAAGGAGUAAAUGAUUUUAAAUCAAGCUAAAAUGUAAUAAGAUAAUAAUGAAAUCAUACUUGAUUCACACAUGGUUACUGCACAUUCUGGAGAAAUGUAUUCCUACAAAUUAUUCUGAAUAUCUGCUUUG